CAAGAUAAUUUUUACACCCGAAUACACCUGCAUUAGAAUAUACUUAAAACGGAAGUGAAAUAAACCCCUGAUAAAUGUUGCAUUGCUUUGCCUAUAUUUAGCUGAUAAAUGUAGCAUUUUAUACUUUGCAUUUCAUUUUUAAAUAUGAAGCCGCAUGGAUUGGUUGCUUUCUAUGCAACUUUGACAACCGCUGCCGCAAUCACGCUUUCGGUCCCUAAAGAUGGAAUCUCGGCCAGGCUGGGUCAUGAGGCCAGCCUACCUUGCUGGGUCACCCCAGCCACAAAUGCAGAGGACAUGGAAGUACGAUGGUACCAGACCUUUGACAACCCAGUCCUACUUUACAGAGACAAGAAGAUUCAGCAAACCUUAGUCCAAGCAGAGUAUGUGGGUCGGACAUCCUUUGGACACCGGACCCCAAGAUCAGAGGGGCUAAGGGAGGGGGAUUUGACCCUAAAGCUGACUAAUGUAACUCGAAAUGAUGAAGGAGAGUAUACAUGCUAUGCUAGCCAAAGUGCAGGCUAUGACAAUGGGAAAGUUCGUCUCACUGUAACCGCAAUGGGGACUCCCCCUCUCCUCUCUGUGGUGCGGACAACAUCUGUCUCUGUCAACGUGAGCUGUGAGUCUCACGGUUGGCAUCCCCAGCCCAGGCUGCAGUGGUCGGAUGGGCAGCAGUCUCUGGCCCCUCAGAGCCUGAGCUACAGCAGGGAUGACCAGGGUCUGGUGGGGGUCCACAGCUGGCUCGUCUCCAGCUCACCAUGGGUCUCCUGCUCUCUGAGUCUGUCUCCAGAGGAGGAGCGGGAGGGGAGAGUAGAUCUGAAAAGCAUACCAGAUGUCCCGUCUGGAGGUUGGAAGACUGCAUUCAUCAUCCUCCUCCUAGUUUUGUUGAUACUCACUGCCAUAGGAGUACUGUGCAUCAAAAAGAAAGAUAUGAUUAAAGGUAUUGUAAGAGGGACAGAUAUGGAAGAGGUGGACAAACAUGCAGAUGGACAAACCAUUUUAACUACAGUUGUCAUUGAGAACACAAACUGUGCAGCUCUGGAUGAUAUGAAGAAACAUGGAGUGGACAUCACAUUAGAUAGGAGCACAGCGUCUCGUCACCUGACAGUUUCUAAGGAUAGUAAAAUUGUGAGGGACAGUAAAGAAGUACCGUGUAGUGAGGAGUGGUUCAGUCAACGCACCUUUAUACUGGGAGAACCAGGCUUCUCUUCUGGGUGUGCAUACUGGGAAGUAUGUUUGGAAGCCAAAAAUGUGGAAAACAAUCAAAUGCUCACCAAAGAAUCCUGGUGGGUUGGACUGGCAAGUGAGACCGUCAAGCAGCAAGGUCAUGAUGUACCAUUCACCCCAUCAGCUGGCUUUUGGUUCCUGUCUUCAGAGAAAGGGAAAGGGAUUAAGGUUCAUGCAGAGACCAGCACUAUAUGUUUUGUCACACAGAGACCUGAAAUCCUAGGGGUGUAUUUGGACUAUGACAAAGGAGAGGUCUCCUUUUACGAUGUCAAAGAUCAGAAACUUAUUGCCACUUUAACUACAAAGUUCACAGAGAAGGUUUUUCCACUUUUCAACCCAGGUAAAGCUGACAUUUCCCCUUUAAAGAUAAUAGCCAUACCUACAGGUCCCAAGGCUGGACAGGAGACUGAGAAUAGUCCUGAUGAAAUACACUCAAAACAGUCAGAUGUUCCACCUGAAACCAAAUCUAAAACUGAGCAAGACGUAGAGCUUGAAACUGAGAUUUCCCCCCUUUUAAAACCAACGCAAUCUGAAAAGGAUAAAAACUGUACAAGUGAUCUUGUCAGUGAAGAGUGUGAGACAAAGACAGGCAGUGUUUAGCUAUACACACAGGCAGUGUCCGUUGGUACGUCAUGUUCAGAUGAGAGUCCAUAACCUGACAAUUAUCAGGCUUCUAAAAGCCAGAAUAUGUCAGAGAAACAUGUCUAAUCAAUUACCAGGAUGACACUAAAUAGACACCAUCAAGAGCCGAGGUCCUAUUAAAUUGUUAUUCUCUACCUGUAUUGGUCAGUUCUCAUGCAAACUCAUCAAAGUGACAUGAAAUGAUUCAAAUGUUUCUGAAGAAACAUCUCAAUACUCAAAAAAAUAAAAAAUGCUCCAAGAACGCUAAAAGCCAAAAGUAGGUCAUACACAGCACAUGUUUCCCCUGCUCUAAAGGAGGGGCAGUUUGGCAGCUAGCUCCACAUUACUACAGCCAACACUUGACUUGGUGAUCUUAAUCUAUGGAAACCCAUUUCAUGAAGCUCUUGACAAUUAUUGCGCAGACGAGGCUUGAAGGGUAAUAUUGUUAUGGACACAGUUACCAAACACUUGUUCUGACUUUUACAAUUUGUAAAGCUUUGAACUGUACAAACCACAUAUGUUGAUUAAGCUUUGUUUCCUUUUCACUUGUUUUUAAUUGUAAAACACUGUAUUGUAAUGUGAUUGUUUCUAAUUAGUGAUAAAGGCAAGUACAUUUAUAAUGUAAUUGAAAUUAAAUGGUUCCUAGUCAGAUUUCACAGAAUAUUUGUGAAAUGUAUGUUAGUACAGUCUUGUGUGUUUUUGUUAAGCUACAGUACAUUUUUGUAUUUGUAUAUAUGUAUAUUUCAAUUGUAGACACUCCUGCGCAAAAGGUGUGGUCAGGAGAGGAAGACGAGUACAAAAGUGGGGCGACUUUUCUGGCCGUUGCAGUAGAUGUGGGUUGUAGAGUAUGUUUCAUAAUAAACAACUGAAAAUCUCUACUUCUGUGGGCAACACAGACAAUGCAUGCCUUCUCAACCAGUAGCCAUGCUAGGACUUUUUUUGAGGUGUGUGUAGUUCAUUAUUACUCAUUAUUCAACCGUGAUAUCCCUACUUAAUAAGGAAAAAGUUGUUUAGCAAAAAGUAAUAUUGUUAUGGAAUCGGAUACUCAACACUGGUUUCGACUUGAAACAAAACAUCUUUCAGUAUAUACUGCAACAUUGUUAAUGUUGAUUCAAGCUUGAUUGUUUUGCUUAUUACCUGUCAGUCAAAUUCAAUAGUUCUUGUUUUACUAAAUAUUUGCCAGGGAACAUUUAUUUUAGUACUAUCUUUUGUGUUUUGAUUAAGCUACAGUUGUUUUGGGGUGUUACAACCAUUUAACUUUCCUGUUUAAGAAAACCCUUCAAAAUGUUGUACACUUUAAUAAGUACUAUUUACAAUAUGUACACCAAUAGCACAAUAUCAACUUUAUAACCACUAUUUUGUUUAAAAUGUCAAAGCUGAUUAGUAAGUAUGUACAAUGUAACCAAUAAGACCAUAUGUUGUUUGUAAAAGAAUAAUAAUAAAAAAGAAACAAGUUCAA